CACUGCUGUCAUGCACGUACACCUACUUAAAUACACCUAGACAAGUGAGGGAGCCCCACACAUUUUGGAUUAUUGCAGAGAUUCUUUCAAUUUCACUGUUUAGGUUCAUUUGUUUUGCAAGAAUAAAAAUAAAACGAUUUAAGAAGCACUAACCGGGAGAUGCAGAAUGGCUUUCUGUGGACUCACAUUUUUUCUUCUGACUUUAUUUUACCUUGUUACUGUCUACAGCAGGCCGACAGGCGUCCACCUGCGUAACAUGGAAGGCUUUAUUCAAGCCGUGCAGCAGGUUGAACACUCCAACCCUGGUCUGCCCCCGCUGGCUCUGGUCAGGGCCUUGCGGAGGACUGCAGGCCAUGAUGACGUGAUGACCGUCCAUUUCUUGGGCGCUUCCAAUAAUCUUAGCGAUGCUGACCUCCUGGAGACGGCCAUUCUCAACACCUCAUCCUUCAGCUUUUUUGAUAAGGCCAUCCACCACAUUGUGACGGACCAUGGAGAAGAACGAGGGGUGGUUCUCACAAGAGAUGGAACUACGGUGGCGCUUGUACCCUUAUUACUAGGAAUUGAAUCAGGACUGAAAGCCAAGAUGGAAGAGGUGGCAGCAGCUGGGAUCUUCCCUCUCACCUUAGGCAGGACACUGGGCUUAUCAUUUCUCAGCCUCCAGGACUUCCCACCAUCUCACCGUUUGGGGCCUGACGGGUGCUGGGACAACGUGGAGCACCCCAGGGUGUUCAAACUGUCUCAGCCUGCCACUCUAGCCACCGAUGCCAUGAUCAAUGGGGGCAUGGAUGGCCUUAUACUGGGCACAGACCUCAGCAAUUUAACUGCAUCUGAACAGCCACAGGCCCUCAGUGAGAUUCUGAGAGGAUACUACAAUUUUACUCUGAGUGAGGGGCAGGGCAUGGAUGCUGUGAGCAGUCAGAUUAGCCCAAGGAGGAGGGAGCUCUCUAGAUCCAUCCUAGAGUCUGUUGAUCUUCACAGCCAGGUGAUGGAGACACUAGCAUUGGUCUGGAAACUGGAGAAGACAGAAUGGAUUUCUAUGGACACUGGGGUGGGAAAGGCGGUGAAAGAUGGAUUGGAGACAUUUGUCAAGAAGUACUGGGACUGCCCUCAAAUCAUCCCUCGCUGUCAGUGGGGGGCAAAGCCCCACCGAGGUACACCUAUCCCGCUCUCUCUUCCCCUCCAGUAUCUGUACAUUCAUCAUACUUAUGAGCCAUCAUCACCCUGCUUAUCCUUCCCAAGCUGUUCUCGUGACAUGAGGUCCAUGCAGCGUUUCCACCAGGAGGACCGUGGGUGGGCUGACAUCGGAUACAGCUUUGUGGUCGGGUCUGACGGCUACGUUUAUGAGGGUAGGGGUUGGCAUCAUCUCGGCACUCACACCAGGGGACACAAUGCCAUUGGGUAUGGCGUGUCAAUCAUCGGUAACUACACUGCCACCCUGCCAUCUCGCUAUGCCAUGGACCUGCUACGUCAUCGACUUGUCCAAUGUGCUUUACACGGAGGAGGACUGGUUUCCAAUUUCAUCAUCCAUGGCCACAGACAGGUGGUGAACUACACCGCCUGCCCUGGAGACGCCUUCUUUUCAGAAAUAAGAACCUGGGAGCAUUUCAGCGAAUAAGAAGACAUCCACAGGCAGCAUUCUGUCAUCAAAGGUUCAUCACUACUUUUGGAAAUGUCUUAUACUCUGGAUCAUUCUAUCUUAUUAAUGUAGAGGUCACAUUUAAAAUUUGCAUAGUACAGUGCAGAAAGAAAUGAAUUCUGCUUAGAUCCAGCAUACAAAGUGGUACCAUGAUGUACUACACCUAUUAAUCAGCUGGUCAGUAUGUUUAUCCACCCAAUUAUCAAAUGAAUGUUAUUUAUCAGUCCUCUGGGUGAUAUAUGGGUGGAUAAACAGUCUUAAUUAUCAGGACUCAUGGUGUGGCCAGUACGUGUCCUACUGUUCCUACUCGCAGGCUCAGAUGGGAGGUUUCAACAGGCAAAUAACAUUCAAAACUGAUGGCUUGCAUUUGUUUUCAGGCCGAGCUUCACAUUACGAUCCAUUCCAAAUAAUGCUAAAUACAAAUGUUGCUUUGUACGCAAUGCUUCGUAUUAACUACUCAAGUACUGCUUGCCGAUACCUUAAAACUAGAGAAAAAUAUAUGCUAUUCAUUUGUAAAUGUAGUUACAAAUAAAAAUUAGUGUACUCAAAAGCAACAGUUCAAGAGAAUAAGAUUUAUUUUUCUUUCAGGAAAAACCAAUAAGGAACAAACACUCGUUACUGAGGAUGAUGAUAAAAUACACCUUUGCUACAUAUUAGUGCUAUGAGUACAUGUCUGAUCAUCUUAUUGUUCAUUGUCUGAAAGCUAAAAAAAAAAUGUCUUCACAAAACAAAAUUUUCCAUUCUGUUUGAAUUUUGCAGGAAGCGGACACACUAAAGAGAGACGAACAAAGAGACGGUCUAAUAGUGUUUAAUGUGACUGCGUAUUAUGUCAGUUUGUUCUAUUGUAACAACAAUUGUUGUUGUAACGCAGAUACUGAGGCAGUCGCGCCAGAAUGUAAUACAAAAGAGGAUGGUUCUUGAAUACAAGGAGGGAGCAAGCCAGUCAGAAACCCAAGGCACAGAGAUGGUGGGAGGUCUGAUCCGAAACAGUUCAUUUCCAGGCCAGGAAGCAGAAAAUAAUAAUAAUAAAAAUUAUAAUAAUAAUAAUAAUAAUUAUAAUAAUUAUAACAACAAUAACAACACCUCUUAAAAAUGUAUGUAAUAAAAUAUUGUCAGUAUACCAAAAUCCCCAUGGAGACUAAAAACAAUUCUAAAACCCGUAAAAAUAAAAUUUUCUACAUUCAUAAGAAUCCCCUGAUGCAAUUAUGCCACACGUUCAUUAUGGGUCCACCAGCAGGCCAGGAAUUUCUUCUCCAGAGCGGAGUCCAUGCCAGCCGAGGAACCUCUCAUCCUCCUCUUGUCCCUUCACUGGGCCCAUCACAUCCCAUCCCAGCUCGCGUUCUGCACCCGAAUCAGUCAUGCGAUGCCACCACGGCUCCCCUCGUGUCAGUGCCCUGUAAAUAAAUAGGGGUCAGAACAAUGGUCCCGGAAGCUGCCCUGACUUAUAUGCAUGGCGACCCUCACCCAACACGACUGCACCCAAUGAACGACAGUGUAGACACUACUCACAAAUGCAGGUAGAGGUACACCUCUGCCCUGCUGCCAAAAACACGUGUUGUCUCCUACUGUUGCCGUUCCUUGCUGUCAGGACUGGGUCGCCACGUCACACUGAUUAGGCGUCGCACCCCCACGAUCAGGCAGCGGGUCCCUCUUUUCACGUGGCCUUCGCACAUUCCUCCUCAUUUCGGGGGCCUCUCUCCUCAUAGUGCUCCACUAGCCUGCUUUUAAUUGGUCUUUAAACAGCUGAUAGGCCACCUCUGGACACACCCAUGCCUCAGCAGGUGAUCCCUAUCAACUAAUAUAUCCCAUGCUCUGCCACGCCACGGUGGAUUAAAACCACGUCAAAUAAAACACUAAAAACCAUGCGAUAGAAACAGAAUAAAACCAUGCAAGUAAAAAUUACACUCAUAAAUAAACACUAAAAAUCAGAAUAAAAUCAAUAUAGAAGAUAAAUACAAAUUUCCACUGUGUGACACUAUUACAGCUGUAAUGGUCAGGAUGUGCUGUGUGGCAGGACCCAAGUGCAGGACCCAAAAGAAGGAAGAUUACCCGAAAGUGCAGCUUAGUUUUCUGUGGGAAACACAGAAAACAAAAGACGAAGUAUAGUGACUAGAACUGACAAACCAGGGACUCGGGGAACUGGAAAACAAGAAACCAAAAAACUAGGUGCUACAGAGACUGGGAAGACAGGCAAAAUGAGGCUACAACACGACACAGAGCAAGGAAAACACAGGGCUUAAAUACACACUGGAGUACUCAGAGACUGGGGGACAGGAGGGUAACACAGCUGGGAGAAAUCAGACUUAACGAGACAAGGGAAGCAAAACCAGAAACACUGACAUGAGACAUGGACUUUUAAAGUAAAACAGGAAGCACACGACAGGCACAGAGACAAACUGGGAGCUUAAAAUACAAAAAACCAAAACACUGGUAGUAAUAAACCAAGAUGAAACCAAAGAUUGAUCAUAAUAAUAAUAAUGAAACAAACCAAAACACUGAGUCACUGACCCAGGACAGUGACAGUAACACUCGUGGGUGUCUCUUUUUCUUUUUUGAUUCAGAAUGACUAGUUUAUGGCCCAAAACUGUAGAUUUGUGAUGCAUGUUUAACAUUUUUAAUGAAUGCUAUUCCAUUAAGAGGUCAUAGACCUCAGUCAAAAUGUCAUUGGUAAAUUAAUUUCUGUAUUUAUUGAAAUUACGUUAAUGAAAUCGAUGUCUAUUGUGUGUUUCUUUGAAAAAAAAAGAAAGAAAAGAAAACACAGGUGUAAAAAUCUAUGCAACUUGAUUUCAACAGGUCACUCACUUUUGCUGGGACCAACAGAAUCCCAUGAGCAUGUUUUCUCAUGCUUCUGCACUUUAAACUGACCCAUUUCUCCUCAUGCUGACAAUAAAUAACCUGAUCUGACAGAUUGUUUACUGUGCAAAGUCCAUCAUAUGAACGCUGCAAAAAGCUUUCCAGAGGAAAACACUAAAGUAGCUAUGGCUUCACAGUGCAGCUGUUGAGACAGUGAACCCAGAGAGACAUCAGCACCAACAGCUCGCCAGUCUGUGUGACAGGAGAAAGCUUUUGAUAAAGAUUAUGCAACAAAACAGUCUCAUCAGCCACACCUGGGCCUGAUUACUGCAAGACCUGUUCAAUGAAAAAAUCAUGGAAAUAGAAGCUGUCUGACUAUGUAAAGUAGGUGAAAGGAUCGGAAAGAGCAACACAUCAUGCCACAAUCUAGAGAAACUCAAACCAGAUGAGAAACAAAGUUGUAACCAGUCUGGAAAGAGUUACAAAGUUAUUUCUAGGUCAUCGGGACUCCAGCAAACCACAGUGAGAGCUAUUAUCCACAAAUGGAAAAACCUUACAGCAGAGAUGAAUCAUUAGUUAUUAUUAAGCUCUGCCUGUCUUCAACAGCAUGCCUUUUGUCCCGUCUUCCUCUCCUCACCCCCAGCCAGUCGUGGCAGACGUCUGCCCCUCCCUGAAGCUGGUUCUGCUGGAGGUUUCUUCCUAUUAAAAGGGAGUUUCUACUUCCUACGGUUGCCAAGUGUUUGUUUAAAGGGGGCCAUUUCAUUGUUGGGAUCUUGGAGUGACUGUUUUUGUGAUUUGGUGCUAUAUAAAUAAAAUAUAAAAUUUAA